CGACUCCCCACGAUACCGAAUCCAGCCCUCUCUACCUCCUACCCAACACCGCAAAUAUGGAUCAAGCCAAGUUGGCGCGUAUGCAGGCGUCGGUGCGAAUUGGAGGCAAGGGCACUCCCCGCAGGAAGGUCAAGAAGGUCCACAGGGCGUCGGGUACCGACGACAAGAAGCUGCAGACAGCGCUCAAGAAGCUCAAUGUGCAGCCCAUCCAGGCCAUUGAGGAGGUCAACAUGUUCAAGAGCGACGGCAACGUCAUUCACUUCUCGGCACCCAAGGUCCACGCCUCGGUACCGUCCAACACCUUCGCCAUCUACGGCAAUGGCGAGGAUAAGGAGCUGACAGAGCUUGUCCCUGGUAUCCUCAACCAGCUCGGUCCCGACUCGCUCGCAUCGCUGCGCAAACUCGCGGAGAGCUACCAGAGCAUGCAGAAGGAGAAGGGCGAGGACGGUGCCAAGGAUGAGGAUGAGGAUGACGACGACAUCCCAGAUCUCGUUGCUGGCGAUAACUUCGAGACAAAGAACGAGGUCGAGUAAAGUGGUUGCAUAAAACGCAUCCGAGGGCACACCAUGCAUAGCGUCAUGGUGGGGGAAAUGCGCAGUAAAGGCCUGCCCCAUGCAGUUUGACACGGAGGAUUUGAAAACUCUUGUGCAAACUUCAUCGCCUUCUUAGCGGGCAGUCACGACGGAUCGGAUUUCAUGUGCCAUGCGAGCACGUGACUGGCGUGAUGACUUGAAAAGAUAUCGAAUAAAAAUCUCUCUCAACGCACCCCACACAGUGUUCACUGUCUGCACCCUGUGACAAGCCGUGAAUAAAGGCAGGC